UCUCCACAGAUACAUAACCAAGAGGGCUAGUCUAUAAUAGUAUAAUCUCUCGCAUAAUAAGAAGAUGGCCAACCCCAACAACGACUGGUCUCAAUUCUACAACAAACAAACCUUCUUCCCCACCACAAGCACCACCACGACCACCGCUUCCACGUCAGCUGAUUCUUCCGUUAACCCUGAAAGCCGCCGUGUUUCAAAGCCAACUCGUCGGAGGUCUAGAGCCUCCCGCCGUACACCCACUACACUUCUCAACACCGACACAGCUAACUUCAGAGCCAUGGUCCAACAAUUCACCGGCGGUCCAUCCGCCAUGGCUUUCGGUUCACCGUCAUCUGGUUUUAGCCUCACCUCGUCGGGACCCACAGCCGGAGCUUCUUCGGUCGGCUAUCAGUACGCUAAUUUCCAGAACCAAGUUGCUCAUCACGAAGUAUUGCAACAACAACGACAGUCCAUGGUCUCGUCAUCAAACCACGUGAGUACUCAUCUUAGCUAUCCUAACACAGUGGUUUCCGAUGGUUUUCUGGCGGUGGAUGAAAGUAGAGACGGUGGAAGAGGAGGAGGCUAUGCUCCGUCAUCGGAGAUGAAUAGCAAUAGUACUACUUCAUGGUUGCAAUGAGGAUCGGUGGAUCAUUCUAUAUAUUUUAUUUCUGUAACUUAUUUUCUGAGGAAAAUAAACAUAAAAGGGAGAAAUGUUAGGUACUGACUUUGUUUGUAGCAGAAUGAAAACUUUGACUAUCGUAAUUUUUGUUUAAGUUGUGUUUUUCUUUA